AUGCCUUCAAAUACUCCAUACCCAGUUGAUAAGAAUACAUUUAAUAUCUCUGAUGAAGAUGACGAUUUCCCAGCAAGAGAUUUAAACGAACAUUCACCUUUAACACAAUCGACAAAAAGAUAUAUAAAACAAGAUUUUAGUAACUCAGUUGCAUCUCUACCUUCAUUACCUCCCAAACCAUCACAUAUGCAACCACAGAAACCACAGAAUCGUUCACAUCAACAGCAGCAGCAGCAAUACCCAUAUGGUAAUGUAUCAACAAAACAUCAGAAUAAACACAAACAAAUGUUUGAAAAUUCAGUUCCAGAACCCAAUAAAAAAGAUUAUUUUGAAAAAAAUAUUACUACAGUUAGAGAAUUACCCCCUAUACCCGAUAGUGAAAAGAUUUCUUCGCAAAAUCCAUUUUCUGAUUCACGUUAUACUACUACUACUCGUGAUUAUGAUGAUGUGGAUUUACCUCCUUCUCCACCUCAUUCAGAUCCAUUUAGAAAUGAUGAAAUUUCCGAUGAUGAUUCUCAUUCUGAAGAUUUAAAACAUAAAAUGAAACGAAAUGAAAAAAAUCGAAUCCGUUCAUUACGAAGGAAACCAAGAUUCCAUUAUACUAAAUUACCUUAUUUCACCAUAGUGAUUUCUCUUAUUCAAAUAAUUGUUUUCAUAGUGGAAUUAGCGAAAAUGGCUCAUCUCACGGGAUCAGCAUUCCAAACAAAACCAUACUUCAAUCCAAUGUUAGGUCCACUGACAUUUCUACUUAUUAAUAUGGGGGCACGUUAUGUGCCUUGUAUGCAUCAAAUUAAAGAUAUAACUGAUGAUACAAGUAUAUUAUUCCCCUGUGCCAAUUCUACAUCAGUGGAUUCUUAUGUAUGUUCAUUAAGUGAAUUAUGUGGAUUAACGAAAUUGAAAAUUGAUAAUAAUAAUGGCACCAGCGCAUAUUUACCUGAUCAAUGGUAUCGUAUAUUUAUUCCUAUUUUCUUACAUGCAGGGUUUUUACAUAUAAUUUUUAAUUUAUUAUUACAAGUAACAAUGGGAGCAUCAAUUGAACGAAAUAUUGGGAUUAUAAAAUAUGCUAUUAUUUAUAUAUCUAGUGGUAUUGGUGGGUUUUUAUUGGGGGCCAAUUUUACUCCUCAAGGGAUUGCCUCAACCGGUGCCCUGGGAGCUUUAUUUGGAAUUGUUGCCACUAAUAUAAUACUUUUCAUAUAUACCGGUAAAAAAAAUACUAAUAUGUAUGGUACCAAACAUUAUGCCCUUUUCAUAUGUAUCAUGAUUGGAGAAAUUGUCAUAUCACUUGUUUUAGGAUUAUUGCCUGGAUUAGAUAAUUUUAGUCAUAUUGGAGGAUUUGCCAUGGGGAUAUUAUCAUCAAUUGUUGUUUUGAAAGAUCCAUUUUGGGUAUUUAUUGAUGGUAUUAUCACUUAUCCUAAAAAUCCUAGUACUUGGCAACAAUUUUUAAAUAAUUGGAAUCCAAUGUAUUCCAUUGAAGAUAAAAUCCCAUCAAGAUUUUAUGUUUGGUGUGGAGUUAGAGUAAUAGCCCUUGUGUUGAUGAUUAUUUAUUUGGUACUACUUUGUAAGAAUUUUUUCAAUAAUGAUAUCGAUAGAGGUAAUAAUUGCAAAUGGUGUAAAUAUUUUAAUUGUAUACCUGUCAAAGGUUGGUGUGAUAUUGGUCAAGUUAGUGUUACUUCAAGUACUAAUACUGAUACGAAUCCAAAUACUACUGCUAGUCCAAGUUCAACUACCGUUCCUACAAUGAGUUAUUCAACAAUGACUUAUACAACUUCAGUACCUUCUAGUGUUGCAAAUCCUAAAUCAGGUAGUGGUUCAAAUAGUAAUUCCGAAGGUACUAAUGGCGGAUUGAGAAAAAGAUUUGAAAGUAGUUUUGGUGGUAGUGGGGAUGCAUCCAAUGUUGCUCCCCAUGCUGAUAUUCAACAACAAUAUGGAAUAGGUAGUGGAUUAUAUAUAAUUGUGAUAUUUUUCACAAUUUCAUUUUUGAAAAAGAAGAAAAUUAUAUAA